AUCGGCUUCACAUUUUCCACCGACCACCAGCACGCCCGCUGCGGUACAUUGAACUGAACUGGUCCACCCCGAGCGUCGCGGUGGCCCGACGAGCCGUACAGUCGAUGCGUGGUAUCAAAUCAUAGCGCGCCUUGGCCCAACCGACCAAUUUCUACUCUGGCCCUUGCCCGGACUUUGCUGUGGCAGAGGCCUUGCUCGUCAGCCUCGUUGUCGCCCGCGAUACUACCUCCUCGUCCUUUCUCGAUGCUCCCGCUUCCGCUUCUCGCCUUCGCCCCUACCGCAUAGAACAGAGCCAUGUCGCCCUCGACUGCAGAUGCGCCGACGCCCAAUGGCGAUGCCGCCGCCGCGUCGGCGCGCGUCGGGCCCCAUCCUGGCUUCAUCUCCAGCUCCAACCAGUACAGCUCCGAGGUCAAGAUUCGGCGCAUGCUCAAGGACAACGGCUGCGACCCCGCGCGGGAGGAUAACUACCGACUGCAGGGCGUCCAGCUCAUUGACAAUGUUCGCCAGCACCUUCAGCUCCCCGUGAGGACCUUCGAUACCGCGUGCACCUACUUCCACAAGUUCCGCCUCAACUUCCGCGACGCAGAGUACAACUACCAGGACGCCGCCCUCGCCUCCCUCUUCGUCGCCUGCAAGGUCGAGGACACCAUCAAAAAGUCGCGCGACAUCCUCGCUGCUGCCUACAACGUCAAGAACCCGGACAAGACUGUCGCCCCCGAUGACAAGCUUUUCGAGUCCACCGGCAAGGUCAUCAUCGGCCUCGAGCGCCUCAUCCUCGAGACCAUUGGCUUCGACUUUCGCACCCGAUACCCGCAGAAGCUCCUCGUCAAGGUCGUCCGCCGCGUCCUCGGUCGCGGGCCCUCCUCCACCACCACCUCCUCCUCUCCCUCGUCCGCAGCGUCGCGCGACUUCUUCACCACCGCCUACGCCAUGUGCACCGACAUGUACAAGACCUUCAUCCCAAUCAAGCGCACCACCUUCACCAUGGUCAUGGCCGUCGUCGAGCUCACCGCUCGCAUGCGCGCCCACGGGGCUGCCGCCGCCGCUGUCGACGACGCCGACAAGCUCGCCCGCCAGACCGUCGUCGACCGCGUCCGCGAGUUCGCCGCCUCCCGCCCCGCCGGGCAGUACAGCCGCGACGCCGUCGCCGAGACCAUGCUCGACCUCCUCGACCUCUACGUCCAGCACCACAAGGCCACCAAGAUUGGCGCCCUCUUCGACCUCAAUACCUUCAUCGACAUCAAGAUCCGCCUCAACGGCGACCUCGACGCCGCCGCCGCCCCGCGCUACCUCUACCACUGCACAAAGUGCGAGGUCGCCGACGCCAACCCUCUCGUCCCCGUCUCUGCCAUGGCUUCGCCCACGGCCCCCAGCGCGCCUAGUGCGCCCGGCGCCAGCACCAACGGCGGCGGCGGCGGCGGCGGCGGCAAUGGCCGCAGAGCUGGCGUCUCCGUCAACGGCAGCACCGUCGGUCUGCCCCCCGUGUGGCCCCCCGACGCGGUCGUUAGGCGCACCGCGCGGGGCCAGGACGGCACCAUGCGCUUCGUCUUCGACCCCGAGGCCGCGCGCCAGGAGCAAGACACGUCGGCACGCUACUUCAACGAGGAGUUUGAGGAGCACGAGGUCGAGGUCGAGGAGCCCGUGCCGCAGCCGCCGCCGCCCCAGCACCAGCAUCCCCCCUCGGAGCCGCAGAGCGAUAGAGAGGCCGCCGCAGCGGCGGGCGGCGGGCGCGGGGGCGGUGGACCUGGUCCGUAUAGAGGGGGGUAUAGGGAUCGCGGAGGGGACUAUAGAAGAGGCCCGUAUGGAGGGUACAGAGGUGACAGGGGCGGGUAUAGGGGCAGGGGUCGCUACCACUGA